AUGGAGGGGGGCAAUCAUAAACCCCUGCUUCAUCUCCGUGGCCAGGAGGGAGAAGACAACACAUGGCAUCAAGUGCAGAACAGAGAGGAGGUGAAGAAAGAAACGUUGUCUGGAAGAGGGCGGAACAGCGAGCAGAGGCAGGGCAGUCAGGCUGCAGGUGGUGGCAGGGUGGGAUGGACAGCCACAGAGGUCGCAGGCGAGGGACACCUUUCCAGGGAAGAUGCAACAGUAGAGCUCCACGUCGAGGGCGCCCCCUGCAGGAGCCUGGAGGCAGUGGCUGACGAUAACCGUCUCCUGUCUCUCCUCUCCUGUCUCUCCUCUCCUCCACAGGAAGUUAAUGAGGCUGUCUCCCCUCCUUUCCUGUCUCCCCUCCUCUCCUGUCUCCUCAGGUAUGGUAGGCGUUUUGUGAUCCUCCUCUGUCUGCUCGUCCAGCUGUUGUUCAGCGUGGGAGCAGCCUUCUCUCCCAACAUCUAUGUUUACAUAGCCUUCAGAUUCAUGGUCGGCACUACCAUCUCAGGCGUCGCUAUUAACACGUUUGUCUUAGGUGCUGAGUGGACUGGUAACAACAAAAGGGCUCUGUUCACCAUCUUCUCCCACUGUUUCUAUGCCAUUGGUCUGAUGCUGAUGUCUGGGAUUGCCUACGGGGUCAGAGACUGGAGGAUCCUACAGCUGGUCCUCUUCAGCCCUGUCCUGUUCCUCGGGGUAUUCUACUGGAUCCUCCCAGAGUCAGCUCGGUGGCUGAUGACCCAGGGCCGACAAGAGGAGGCUCGUCAGGAGGUCCGCAGAGCUGCGAGAGUCAACGGAAGGGAGAUCCCUGAAGGCCUGCUGGACAAGCUGGAGGAGGAGGGCUCGACCAAGAAGGGCAGUAUGUUGGACAUUUUCAGGAUCCCGUACCUGAGAAAACGGGCUCUCAUUCUCUCCUAUAUCUGGUUUGUAACCAGUCUGGUGUACUAUGGGGUGAGUCUAAACGUGGGUAACUUUGGUCUGGACAUCUAUCUGACCCAGCUGAUCUUUGGUAUUGCUGAGCUCCCUGCCCGGCUGGGCUCCCUGCCCCUCAUAGAACACUUUGGACGGAGGAUAAGUCAGGCCAUCGCCCUGUUCUUCGGAGGCACAGCCUGUCUUGUUCUUCUAGCUGUUCCAGAUGACAUGCCGGUUGUGACGACAGUCAUAGCCGUGUUAGGGAAAUUUGCCCUGGCUGCCUCCUUCACCAUCAUCUAUGUUUACACAGCUGAGCUCUAUCCCACUGUAGUGAGACAGAAUGGAGUGGGUUUGAACUCCAUGUGUGCCCGUGUGGCUGGCAUCCUUGCCCCCCUGAUUAGACUGCUGGAGGUGUAUCACUAUUCCAUCCCUAUGUUGAUCUAUGGCAUCAUGCCCUUCCUGGGUGGAGGCCUCUGCUUCAUGCUGCCUGAGACACUCAACACUGAGCUACAAGACCACACUGAACCCCAGGAGAAGGACACAGUAACUCCCGAGAAGUUGAAUCUUGAAAAUGGACCUAGUCAUGUAGAAGAUAGACGUUGGAAGAAUACGAUACAAGAUAAGACAGAAGAAACAAUGAUCACAAAAAUGUAAACGAUUAUCUUUGUUUUAUAUUAUCUUGUCCUUUACAUGGAGAUUGUUCUGAUUAUUAUCAACACCAAGUAGAUAUACGAAGUGGCCAAUCAAAACAUUUGAUUGUUAUUCAGAUCUCAAACUACAUUGUUGGAGAGACAUUUUCUAAACAAAACUACUUUAUUUUGUAUAAAUUGAAUGAUAAAAUGCAUUAUUUAUAUCACGAAAAAACAUUUUGAUAUAGGUGAACAUUUCUAAAGAAAAAUACAAAUGAUAAAUAUAUGUUUGUAUAAAUCACUGCUUCAGUUCCAAAUACAUUUUGUAAUUUUUUUUAAUGUUUGGAUGAUGUGUGUAUUGUUAUUGUAUUGCUAGAUAUUGCUGCAUUGUUGGAGCUAAAGUAGACUGUUGGAGCUACAGUAGACUGUUGGAGCUACAGUAGACUGUUGGAGCAGAAUGUUGGAGCAGACUGUUGGAGUAGGCUGUUGGAGAUGCAAUAGACUGUUGGAGCUACAGUAGACUGUUGGAGCUACAGUAGACUGUUGGAGCAGACUGUUGGAGCUACAGUAGACUGUUGGAGCUACAGUAGACUGUUGGAGCUACAGUAGACUGUUGGAGCUACAGUAGACUGUUGGAGCUACAGUAGACUGUUGGAGCAGACUGUUGGAGCUACAGUAGACUGUUGGAGCUACAGUAGACUGUUUGAGCUACAGUAGACUGUUGGAGCUACAGUAGACUUCUGAAGCGGGCUGUUGGAGAUGCAGUAGGCUGUUGGAGCUACAGUAGACUGUUGGAGCUAAAGUAGUCUGUUGGAGCUACAGUAGACUGUUGGAGCUACAUUAGGCUGUUGGAGCUGCAGUAGACUGUUGGUGCUACAGUAGACUGUUGGAGCUACAGUAGACUGUUGGUGCUGCAGUAGACUGUUGGAGCUACAGUAGACUGUUGGAGAUGCAGUAGACUGUUGGAGCUGCAGUAGACUGUUGGAGCUGCAGUAGACUGUUGGAGCUGCAGUAGACUGUUGGAGCUACAGUAGACUGUUGGAGCUACAGUAGACUGUUGGAGCUGCAGUAGACUGUUGGAGAUGCAGUAGACUGUUGGAGAUGCAGUAGACUGUUGGAGCUACAGUAGACUGUUGGAGCUACAGUAGACUGUUGGAGCUGCAGUAGACUGUUGGAGUUGCAGUAGACUGUUGGAGCUGCAGUAGACUGUUGGAGCUGCAGUAGACUGUUGGAGCUACAGUAGACUGUUGGAGCUACAGUAGACUGUUGGAGUAGACUGUUGGAGUAGACUGUUGGAGUAGACUGUUGGAGCUACAGUAGACUGUUGGAGCUACAGUUGACUGUUGGAGCUACAGUAGACUGUUGGAGCUACAGUAGACUGUUGGAGCGGGCUGUUGGAGCUACUGUAGACUGUUGGAGCGGGCUGUUGGAGCUACAGUAGACUGUUGGAGCUGGCUGUUGGAGCUACUGUAGACUGUUGGAGCGGGCUGUUGGAGCUACUGUAGACUGUUGGAGCGGGCUGUUGGAGCUACAGUAGACUGUUGGAGCUGGCUGUUGGAGCUACAGUAGACUGUUGGAGCUGCAGUAGAUUGUUGGAGCUACAGUAGACUGUUGGAGCGGGCUGUUGGAGCUACUGUAGACUGUUGGAGCUGCAGUAGAUUGUUGGAGCUACAGUAGACUGUUGGAGCUGGCUGUUGGAGCUACAGUAGACUGUUGGAGCGGGCUGUUGGAGCUACUGUAGACUGUUGGAGCUACAGUAGACUGUUGGAGCGGGCUGUUGGAGCUACAGUAGACUGUUGGAGUUACAGUAGACUGUUGGAGCUACAGUAGACUGUUGGAGCUACUGUAGGCUGUUGGAGCUGCAGUAGACUGUUGGAGCGGGCUGUUGGAGCUGCAGUAGACUGUUGGAGCUGGCUGUUGGAGCUACUGUAGACUGAUGGAGCGGGCUGUUGGAGCUACUGUAGACUGAUGGAGCGGGCUGUUGGAGCUACAGUAGACUGUUGGAGCUGGCUGUUGGAGCUACUGUAGACUGUUGGAGCUACUGUAGACUGUUGGAGCUACAGUAGACUGUUGGAGCUGGAGCUACUGUAGACUGUUGGAGCUACUGUAGACUGUUGGAGCUACUGUAGACUGUUGGAGCUACAGUAGACUGUUGGAGCUGGCUGUUGGAGCUACAGUAGACUGUUGGAGCUGGCUGUUGGAGCUACUGUAGACUGUUGGAGCUACAGUAGACUGUUGGAGCUACAGUAGACUGUUGGAGCUGGCUGUUGGAGCUACAGUAGACUGUUGGAGCUACAGUAGACUGUUGGAGCUACAGUAGACUGUUGGAGCUGGCUGUUGGAGCUACUGUAGGCUGUUGGAGCUACAGUAGACCUGCGAUAACAUCUCUAAAACUGUGUACAUGACCAAUAAACCUUUGAUUUGAUGUAGAAAAAACGGUGAAAUCAGAGUCAUUUUGCUGAUAUGGAAAAGAUGAAAUGAGAAUCCUGUUUGGGAUCAUCCGUUUGUCUCAGUAAUCAUUCAUAAUAUUUGUCUCUAAUUCCUUCUAUAAAGUGGAUUCUGAUGCUGAUUAUAGUCAAGUGACUUAAACACAAGUCUACACAGUAUGUACAAGGUGCAUAACCCAGGUGACUCCAAAGAUGUGAUCCAGUGUUGUCAUGGUCACCUUCAUGUCAGCUGAGAACACACAAAACAUCAGUUUUACUAGUUUUCUAUAAAGAACUCAAUUGUCCAUACUUUAAACAAUUACUACAUUACUUUAAUGAAAUUAAAAUGCUAUAAAAACACUUUA